AUGCACGAAUGGUCAUCCCUGAUCGGUAUCGUGACGGCUCUUUGUGGAAAUGUCUUGAUCUCCUUAGCCCUCAAUAUCCAACGCUAUGCGCAUAUCCGAAUCGCAAGAGAAUGGGAGCAGGACAAGAGUCAGAAGGAAGCCGAUUGGAGACGCACACAUUCCGGAUCUGAUAUCGCGAACUUGAACGGGGCUGUUGGAAGCAACGGCACACUCGACCAGUCACGGGGGCGAUCUCAGGAACAAUACCGAGAUUCUGAGGAUACCUUCGAGCCUUACCGUGACAAUGACACCCAAAGGCGGAACAGCACGUCAAGCUCUCGAGACGGCAAUUAUCCCGGGGAAGGCGGGAACCGCAAGUCUUAUCUCAAGUCGCCGUACUGGUGGGUUGGUAUCGUCCUCAUGGUUGUGGGCGAGAUGGGCAAUUUCAUGGCCUAUGGUUUUGCACCAGCUUCGAUUGUGUCACCAUUGGGAGUUGUGGCUUUGAUCUCUAACUGCAUUAUUGCGCCAUGCUUGCUGAAAGAGAAGUUCCGCAAACGCGAUUUCUGGGGUGUGCUGGUCUCUGUUGCUGGGGCUGUCGUUGUCGUUCUCAGUGCCAAAUCAUCCGAAGAACAAAUUGGACCCCACGAGAUUUGGGUGAUGAUUACCCGUUGGGAAUUUGAACUCUAUCUUGGAUUGACUAUUUCUUUGAUUAUUGGUCUGAUGUGGGCAAGCCACCAAUAUGGCUCUCGCUCAAUUCUCAUUGAUGUAGGGCUUGUGGCACUAUUUGGUGGAUAUACUGCCCUCUCUACCAAGGGUGUCUCUUCGCUCCUGUCUGGCCAACUAUGGCACAUCAUUACUUUCCCAAUCACCUAUGUUCUGGUUUUUGUCCUCGUUUCCAGCGCAUUAAUGCAAAUUCGUUACAUCAACCGUGCCUUGCAGCGCUUCGAUUCUACGCAGGUGAUUCCGACACAGUUUGUACUCUUCACCCUUGCUGUGAUCAUCGGAAGUGCAGUUCUUUACCGUGAUUUCGAAUCGAUCACAGCGACCCGUGCCACAAAGUUUGUCGGGGGAUGUUUGUUGACAUUCCUUGGUGUGUACUUUAUCACGAGUGGUAGAGUUCGCGCCGACGACGAGUCAUCCUUUUCAUCUGAAGACGAGGAGGGAUCUAUUGGUUUGUUGAACGGCGAAAGAUAUCAUGAUAGAAUUGAUUUGUCUCCUCCCGGUCAUCAACUGCCGAAGGCAUCUCAUCUUGACAGGAACGCGCAAGAUGGCACCGUCCAGUCACCGCCAGGAUCCUUAUUGAGUCAAGGCAUUGAAGGGGUUGAUGAUGACGAGUUGACUCCUGGAGGUGUUCUUUCCGCUGCGCCCUCUUCCCCACGGGGAUCCCUCACUGCGGACUCCCCUAUUUCUCCCCCGUCCUUCGACCAUACUUCACCAUUGCGACCCCCGUCUCGCAUGUCCAAUCCCUGGGCAGACAUUCAAGAAGAGGCUGUUGUGACUCCCGAAUCUGAUCACCAAUCUUAUCGCCCUUCCACUCCAACACAACAAGAUAGUGAUACAGCACAGGCUUCGACUGUUCUUUUGCGGUUUCCCCCUGCCCCCGGCCUGGAAGAAGUGUCAGGACACAAUGGCAGCGCUGGAACUGUGCGACGUGCUUCGACGCCCACGCUGCUAAACCAAGCAAGUCAACUUGGUCCCGAUGAGACUCCCUUGGAGACCCCUUCGCGGCGCACUCUGCGUGGCUCCAUCUCACACCGCUUUUCGCCCGGACCUCUUCUCCCCACGCUCUCUGGUGGUUUCAGUGCCGUCGUGGUUGACUCUAUCCGGCGCGGAGACGGCAGCCCUCUCAAGGACCGCACUAAGCGAAAAUUAGGACGUCGCCGUCAACUUGACGGUGCUUUCACCGAUCCGUCUCUCUUUGUUGACGGGAAUGGACCAGAAUCAUCACUUUCGGUUGCCACUGCUCGUCUCCAGUCCGCCACGAACCUCGCUGAUGCGCCUGCAGAGGCUGGCCGCUCUACCCCCGCUCUCGCAACAAAAGGUUACCCCACGCAGGCGCCAGACUCUAACAAAGACGUGGCCCGUCUUCGCAGUUUCAGUGACUCGUGGAAUGGUGGACUUGCAUGGCUGGGAGAUGCUCUGCGCAAAAACCACAGCAAAGCCAUUGACGGGGCGACGACGCAAGGAACGCCAACUCCCCGCGACGAAGACGCACCGCCCGGUCCAAGAAACGAGCCACGCAGUGAUACCGGUGCCGAGAACGAAACUCGGCGAUAA